CAUGCACAUACACAUUAUUACACCGACACAUAUUCCCAGGCCACCCUUAAGGAAAAGACCACGUGACGCGCGGGGCGGUCGAACUACAAGCCAUUUUGGGGACGGUGUCAGUUUCCACUGAGCCAUCAGCGCAGCAUUUUUCAAACGGGCAAUUUCAGACCGAAGCUUUCUCGGAACGUACGCGUCCAUGCUUGUUCGGCCAAAGAAAGGACGUUAUCAUUCGCUGCUCUAGACCAUCCACUAUCACCAAGUGGAGUCUGGGUGGAAAGAGAGGAUUUUUCAUUACGAAAAUGAGCUCCGGUCUGGCUUACCCUUAUUGCAAUUGACAGCGUCUGCAGCUCUUUUCAAGAUGGCCGCUUGGCUCGCAUUCAUUUUCUGCUGAUCGACUUCUAACUUUCAUUGUCUGAAUACCUUCAGUUCUUACGACCCACACCACAGCUAACUGCCAGGCUAUUUUGUAAGGCUAUGCGAAUAUGCAUCGGACUACAAGAAUCAAGAUUACAGAGCUUAACCCUCAUUUGAUGUGUGUGCUGUGUGGUGGAUAUUUCAUAGAUGCUACAACCAUCAUUGAAUGCUUGCAUUCAUUCUGUAAAAUGUGCAUUGUCCGUUACCUGGAAACCAGCAAGUACUGUCCAAUAUGCGAUGUCCAGGUCCAUAAAACAAAGCCUCUUCUGAAUAUUCGGUCUGACAAAACACUGCAAGACAUAGUGUACAAGUUGGUGCCGGGCCUCUUCAAAAAUGAAAUGAAACGAAGGAGAGAUUUCUAUGCUGCACAUCCAUCAGUAGAUGCUACCAAUGGGUCGAAUGAAGAUCGUGGAGAAGUUGCUGAUGAGGACAAGAGAAUAAUCACUGAUGACGAGAUCAUUAGUCUCUCUAUUGAGUUCUUCAAUCCCAAGGCCAAAAUACAGGAUGUUGUUGAGGAUAAAGGAUCUAAAGAAGAGGGGAAUAAUAAGAGAUAUUUGCAGUGCCCAGCAGCAAUGACAGUUAUGCAUCUGAGGAAGUUUCUCAGAAGUAAGAUGGACAUACCGUGUACUUUUCAGGUUGAAGUAAUGUAUGAAGACGAGCCACUAAAAGAUUACUACACAUUAAUGGACAUUGCCUACAUCUAUACUUGGAGGAGGAAUGGGCCUCUGCCACUGAAGUACCGAGUUCGACCCAACUGCAAGAAGAUGAAGAUCAGCCACCCUCCGGAGGGGCCCAACUGCGCUGCGCAAUCCGAGAGCGACUCGGCCAGCGACAAAGCCAGCAGUCCAGCCGCAGGCGCUCCCUCCACCUCCUCGCCUCUACCUAGCCCGAGUCCCAGCGCCAGUCCCAGUGCCAUUGCCAUCCCCAACCCAAGCCCUGGUCCUGGGUCCAGCGUGCCCACUCCACCCGUACAGCCCGCACACGCUCCCUUCCCUCACAUCUCCAACAACGUCAACGGUUCGUCCCAAGCCUGCCCCCCCAGCCGACAGUAUUCCUCCUUCGGAAACAAAGUGCGAAAAGGGUCCCUCAAUGGCUCCUCCACGUCAUCGGGAUGAUUGCAUACAUGAACUUUCCCCUGACACACCAACUUUGCCCUGCCAACACCAGGUCCCUUGUCCUUCACCAUGCCACCGUAGUUCCAUUGUAGACUUUAAUUUUUUAUUUUUUAUUGUUGUCAAUUGUAUAUGACUAUGUAAGAUUUGUAUGUUCAACGUAUUGAGCCCAAGACAUUUCAUCUGGAAGGUUGCUGGACCUUUUUUUUUUUUUUUCCCAAUGUCGGCUUGCUGAUGCAGACUUUGCCCAUGACGGGGCUACACUCAAGCGUUCAUUUAGAUUGUUUGAAUAACGCUGUACUCAUAACUAAAAGUAUGAGAAAACAGUUUCUUUACAUAAAUGACUGAAGAAUAACCUUUUUAUAUAUUUUUACUUUUUGGUCUUGAUUUUUUUCCUAAAGCUGAAAUCAAAAUGUUACUUGCCUGUACUGAGUGUGUAUUUUAAUGUCCGUUUUUAAUGAGAAGCAUGAGACACUUAGUCUAGGCUGCAUUUGAGUUUAGUUUGCCUAUUUAAAACAUUCCAGAUUUAUUUAGCCUGCAUUUUUUUUAAACAGUGUCAAAAUGCCACUGAUGCUUGACGUUUUUAAGUUGACAAAAGUAUGUUCUGGUUGGGGCUUCCCCCUAAAGAUAUUGAAAAAGAGCCUUUAUCUUGUUGGGAUUUUGGACAAUGAAAAGGUUUAUGCUCAUUUAUAAUUAGCUGUCUGUUCAUCAGCGGGACAACAUAUCUCAAGUCUAAAAUAUAAAGACGGAAGUUAAAUUUCAAAGAGGUCAACCUCUACAACCAUGUAUAUAGUUAUAUGCAUAUUUAAUAAGCAUUGACAUGUAAUGUUCAAAGUUUGGGGCGUGUGCAGCAGAGGACUAAGCCGCUAUGAAGCUCGGAUAUCACCCUCCAUUGGCUGUUUUGAUGUCUUCAGUGUUCAGCAUAUUUGUAUCAGUCAAUCGUAAGGACAACUGUUGUAUUGUGACUUGCACAGUAUGAAAACAUCUAAAUAAAACAUUUUACGCUUUGA